GACAUCAGACAGUUCAUGGAAACAUUGAAUGAACAACAACAGGUACCCCCGGGCAUGAAACGAUACACUUGCUCAGUCAUAGCGGGUAACGGGCAGCUCAACCCAUACACGAACGAACAUUUUGGUAAUGCACCACAAGUUUUUGUCUCCAAUACAUUUCCAACCAUGGCGAAGUAUUUUGCGGUGAUAAUCGCUGCACUUGUUGCUACAGCCAACUGCUAUCCUCUUCAGCAAGCAGGAAAAAGACGCCAAGAUAUUGGCCAUGGGUUUGACGAUUGUAUUGGACCAGUUUUGAGGCCUGGAUGUGACUUUGGUCAUGGAGGUGGACACCAUGGAGAUGGUGGUGUAGGUAUUGGAUAUGGAGGCGAAGGCUACAUUGGUGGUCACGGAGGAUAUGCUGGUAUUGGUGGAGACCACGGCGACUACCACGGUGAAUAUCAUGGUGAUUUCCAUGAGGCUCAUGACCAUACAACUUACGUUCACAGCCACUCACCACCAGUUCACAUUGGACCAAACGCACCCCCAGUUCACUUGGGUAUCCACAGACCUCCAAUUCAUAUUCCACCACAUGUGCCACAAAUCCAUGUCAACUCACACGCACCAAUUCGUCAUAUUGGACCACACUCACAAUACGUUCACAUGCCACCUUCAGUACCAAUUGUACAUGCUGGCCCAGUUGCCCCUCCAGUUCAUGUCUCUACUCCACCUAAUGUCUACCAUCAAGCACCAAUAGUUCACCACGAGCCCCAUGUUGUUGGUGGAGAAUGCUGUGAUGGAGAAACUUGGGGAGUUGGCAGUGAUGGACACAAGAAGAAGUAAAAACAAACGAAAGUCAGUUGUAAAAACAAGAGAAAAGAAACACUAUCAAAAGAUAAAUUUUUAUCUAAUUUGAGCAGGUUACAGGACACUUUAGCAGGUAAACUGUAUGCUUAUCGUGUUGUGUAAAUUCCUAAAUAAUGCUUUAUCCGCUGAAUCCAUUGCAUUAGAUGUACAUUAAUUUUGCUGCCGUCCAGAUAAAAUGCUUCUUUACAUAGAGUAAAGGGUCGAAUUGAACAUAAGAAUUUCAGAUAAAAAUAUUUGUGAUAUACAA